UUAAAAAGAACCGAUUCAAAAGAACCGAACCCCAUUGAGACGCUCGGAGCUCCGCUUUCCGUUUUCCUCUCGGCUCCCGCCCCGCUCCGCCAUCACACACACAAAAAGCGCACUGAGGGGAAAGAGAGGGGAUGAAAAUGGAGAUGUUGGUGUCGAACAGAGGCGAAUUAAACGAGUGACACCAACGUAAUGAGCAGAAGUGCUGAGAAUGGGAGCUGGAGCGGAGCGAGGCUCGGCUCUGUGAAGCGGUUCAGCCGUGUUUCGCUGAGGAUCAGCUGAUGGUUCUCUCAGCCUCGGCCGGAGAGUAACGCGAGCAGCGCCGCUUUUAGUCCCCAAAAACGCGAACAAAUCCCGCAGCCAGCGCUGUUUCUUAUUCAUCCGAUCCACGGGCGGCUUCCAAACACCUGAAUCCAUGGCGGGUCGUGUGGAUGAGGCGGCCCGGUGCUGAGUGAAGAGGAGACGGGGAAGAAAGGACCGGAUUUUGCUCUCCAGGCCGGAGCGUUAGCUAGCAUUCGCUAGCUACGGCGAAGCCUGUGAAUCACGGCGCUGGCCAUGCCGUCGACUGCGCGGGCAGGGAGUUUGAAGGACCCGGAGGUGGCUGAGCUCUUCUACAGGGAGGACCCGGAGAAGCUCUUCACUGACCUGCGCGAGAUAGGCCAUGGCAGCUUCGGAGCUGUCUACUUCGCCCACGACAUCCGCACCAAUGAGGUUGUGGCCAUCAAGAAGAUGUCCUACAGUGGCAAGCAGUCUAACGAGAAGUGGCAGGAUAUUAUCAAAGAGGUGAAGUUCCUCCAGAAGCUGCGGCACCCCAACACUGUGGAGUACAGAGGCUGCUACUUGCGAGAGCACACAGCAUGGCUGGUGAUGGAGUAUUGUUUGGGGUCUGCCUCAGAUCUGCUGGAAGUGCACAAGAAGCCUUUGCAAGAAGUGGAAAUUGCAGCCAUUAUCCAUGGUGCACUGCAGGGCCUGGUAUACCUCCACUCACACAACAUGAUUCACAGGGACGUGAAGGCUGGAAAUAUCUUGCUGACAGAGCCAGGCCAGGUCAAACUGGGAGACUUUGGCUCUGCUUCCAUCGUUGCCCCCGCCAACUCGUUUGUAGGCACACCCUACUGGAUGGCUCCAGAGGUGAUUCUGGCCAUGGACGAGGGCCAGUAUGAUGGUAAAGUGGAUGUGUGGUCACUCGGCAUCACCUGUAUAGAGCUGGCGGAGAGGAAGCCUCCCUUGUUUAACAUGAAUGCUAUGAGUGCCUUAUACCACAUCGCCCAGAACGAAAGCCCAGUCCUGCAGUCUAAUCACUGGUCAGAUUAUUUCCGUAACUUCGUGGACUCCUGUCUGCAGAAGAUUGCCCAGGACAGACCUACCUCUGACGUGCUGCUUAAGCAUCAUUUCCUGUGUCGGGAGCGCCCACUGACGGUGGUGAUGGAUCUGAUCACACGCACUAAAGAUGCUGUGCGAGAGCUUGACAACCUGCAGUACCGCAAAAUGAAGAAGAUCCUCUUUCAGGAAACGCACAAUGGCCCUGCCGCUGAGGGUGCAGAGGAGGAGGAGGACGUGGAGCAGUACAUGCUGCGGACGGGGACGGUGAACAGCAUGGAAAGCUCCCAUUCGCUGCCCUCAAUGUCCAUCAGCGCCAGCUCCCAGAGCUCCUCCGUGAACAGCCUGGCCGACGGCUCGGACGACAGCGGGGAGAUGGCCAUGAUGCAGGAGGGAGAGCACACGGUCACCUCCAACAGCUCUGUGCUGCACAAACCCCUGAGCCAUGACAACAUCUAUGACGAUCCCUACCAGCCAGAGGUGGACUCCCAACAGCAAGGCCCAUCCAGCGGCGGGGGCGGGGGUGGUGGCGGCGGUGGUGGGCGCCGACGGCGUGGCAGGGAUCACUUUGCCACCAUCCGUACGGCAUCGUUGGUGACGCGUCAGAUCCAGGAGCACGAGCAGGGCUCGGCUCUGCGGGAGCAAAUGUCCGGCUACAAGCGCAUGAGGCGGCAACACCAGAAGCAGCUGAUGGGGCUGGAGAAUAAGCUGAAGUCUGAGAUGGAUGAGCACCAGCUGCGGCUGGAUAAAGAGCUGGAAACACAGAGGAACAACUUCGGCAGUGAGAGCGACAAGCUCAACAAAAAGCACCAGGCUAUACUGGAGAAAGAGACUAAAGGAGCUUCUACAGAGGAGAAGAAGUUCCAGCAGCACAUCCUGGGUCAGCAGAAGAAAGAGCUUACCACUCUGCUGGAGUCUCAGAAACGACAGUAUAGGCAGCGUAAAGAGCAGCUGAAAGAGGAGCUGAAUGAGAACCAGUCUACACCAAAGCGAGAGAAGCAGGAGUGGCUGGUGCAGCAGAAGGAGUGUCUGCAGCAGCACCAGGCCGAGGAGGAGGCGGGGCUGCUGAGGCGCCAGAGGCAGUACUACGAACUGCAGGGCCGUCAGUACAAGAGGAAGAUGCUGCUGUCCCGACAUAACCUGGAGCAGGACCUGCUCAGAGAGGAACUGAAUAAGAAGCAGACACUGAAGGACCUGGAGUGUGCCAUGCUACUGCGGCACCACGAGUCCACGCAGGAGCUGGAGUUCCGGCAGCUGGGCCUGGUGCAGCGCACUCGUGCUGACCUGAUCCGCACACAGCACCAGAGCGAGCUCACUAAUCAGAUGGAGUACAACAAGCGGCGCGAGCAGGAGCUCCGGCAGAAGCACGCGAUGGAGGUCCGCCAGCAGCCCAAGAGCCUGAGAGUGAGUGAGAGCAACGGCGCAGAACCUGCAGGGGAGGGACCUGAUGACGAGGGGUCGGGGCCUAUAGGGGAUGGGGUGGAGGAAGUGAUUGAGGGGGAAAGGAGUAAGGAUGGGAAUGAGAGGGUGAUGUAUGGAGAGACUACACCGUCUGUAGAACUGACUGCAGUGGAUGAGAGGAGCGACGAAGUUGAUGGAAGUGAGAAAAGCAACAGCGAGGGCUUAUUAGAAGGGGGUGAUCCUUUAAGGAGGCAAGAUGAAGAAAGCCAUAUACAGUGUUUAACUGAUCAGAACAGGGAGAAAGAGGCUGGGGAAGAGAUGGAAAAGAUGGAAGCAGUGCAAUUUGCCAAAGAGGAAAAUAUAGACGAACUGAGCGAGAUGGUAAUAAAUAAGGAAGAUGCCGAUGUUGAAGAAGGGGACCAGAGGCAGGUGGAAGGGAUACAGUGGGACGAGGAGGAUGAUUUAGGCAGUGAGACGGAGAUCGAGACUGAGGAAGAGGGGGAAGAGGGCGAGGAGGGCAGGGGUGUGGCUGACGGCUGUCCAUCAGAGCUAAUCUCAACCCCUUCUCCUGAGCACCGGCCUCACAAACGAGAACGGGACCUAGAUGAGCUGUCUGAAUUUUACUUUCCAGACACCUUAGAGGAGCUUGAGCCCCCUCCCAUUCGUCCCCCACCCUUACCAUCCUCUACUCAGCCUUCCUUCCUUUCUCUUUUCUCUCACACCAUCUGCCUCGUCCUCUCGCUGUCCGCGGCGGCUCAGCCGUCAGUACCCACCCUCCUGUCCCUGGCUGUCUUCCUUCUUUCCCUUCGUCGCUCCCCUCCCCUUCCUUCCCUUGCUUCUGUCCUCCUCUCGGCAGAGCUGGCUCUCCUGGCACUCUUCUUCUCUUACCUCUUCUUGCGUUCCCUCUGCUCCCUCUCUUUGGCCACGUACUUAUCGCUUACGCUCUGGGCUUCAGGCCUGUUCAGCCUGGGCUUGUCUCUUAGCCUCGGCCUUUAUUAUGUCCCUGUAGCGCUGAUCUCAGCUUUCUUCCUCAGCUCGCCCUCUCUCUUCCUCUCUCUUUAUCUGCUGGUGGUGCUGGUGGUACGACCAGCUCGUGUCUUCCUUCAGGACUCCCCACGCAAGCUCAGGCGCCUCUGGGUGCGGCUGCUUUUCCGCCUGCCCAAGCCCCUCUUCACUUUGUGCCAGUCGCUGAUGGGCGGCCUGGCCGAGAGAAGCCUUUACGACAUGUUCCCUAAAGCUGGGCGCAACUGGGGCGGCCGACGCUCCAGAAUACCAGUGCCUGUCAGAAGCCUCCCAGACGAAUAUCAGGCCCGAAGUGUGGUGCCCACCCUGAUGUCCCGGUGCCUGCUCUGGGCGAGGCGGUUCAUGCGCCGUCCUAUAGGGGUCCUGGCUGAUCUGGCCAAUUCAGUGGUGCUUAAAGUAGCUAGCAAAGUUCUGAAAGAGCUUCCUCCGCAUUACUUGAGCAAGUUAAGAGCUUUUGGGCUUCUGCGUGAAGAGAAGCCAAGCAAGCUGCCCCGGCUCCUGCCUCUAGCGGUCAGGGAGCAGCGGCGGAGGAUGAGGGAGAGGAGGGAGAGGGAGCGGAGGAGGAGGGAGGAGCGAGUGAGGGUGUACAGAGAGGAGGGAAGGUGGGAGAGUGGAUUGAGGAGGACUCCCUCAGGGAGGAGCUUGAAGGGAAAGAUUGUGCCUUGGAGAUAGAUGAUGGAGAUAGGGAUGAUGGGGUGGGUUAUUUGAGAUUAGGAUGUCUAUAUCCAGACCAUAUUUUGGAUCUCAUCUAGGGAAACACUUUUAUAUUUUUUAUUUCAGGUGUGGGGAAAUUGUCUUAUGUUUUUACCCUCAUCGACCACACCUUAAAAGAACAAGCAAGCAAUUGCCAGAGUAUUUGUUGUCUGUGAGAGUGUGAUCAUUCAUUCAUUUUCUUUUAUUUUUUUCUCCUGUAUGUCAGUUUUUUCCUUUAUUUUGUUUUCCGACUUCACACUCCCAGGGACCACUAUUUCCAUCUUACUCCUAAAACACAGAAAAAAGCAAAGCGCACUCUGAGUAAAUCUCACAAGUUAUGCUUUGGCUUUCAAUUAAUUUCCUAAUCAUCUGCUCAAGCUCUCGUAUUCACUGCUUCUCAUCCAGUGAAUGUGAAGUGUUAGUCACAAUUGUGCUUUUUGUAAAAGUUAAACGAAUGCCAUUGAAUUUGUGUUGUUUUUUUGUUGUUGUUUUGUUUUAUUUUCUUAAGAGUUAUGUCUUAUGGUUAUAAUUUGUUCAUGACCAUGUCUGUGCAAUCUUUAUUUUUUUCUGUUUUGUUGUUUUUUGUUUUUAUUUGAUCUGUUUUGUGUUUUGCUCAUGCUUGAGGAAGUCUUACGAUUUCACAAAACCUAAGCUUGCAUUGCAGGUCACGUGACUUAAGUCACCACACGCCUGAGUCUGAAGCCAUGACUGCAUUGUUUAGUUAAGAAUAACCAACCUAGAUUUUGCAGCAGCCACUGUGAAAAUUGUACUGUAUUAUCCAACUGUUAUUUACACUAUGCAGCCCACAUACACACUACAGAUGUGGUUUAAGUGCAAUAACGUUACUCCAUUCUCCAAGAUCAUGGUUUUAACCAAAAGACAUCAGUGUGGCCUUUUCACCUUUUCUGGGUAAAAAGUGAGCUGUAAUCAUUUCCGAAGCUAUCAGAUUUUUCAGAUAUCGCUUGCAAGACAAAACCAAAGGCUGUCAAUUUUUUUAAUCAGACAAGCACUUUAAAACAUGAUGGUCUGGUGUCCAAAAAGGAAAAGUGUCCCUAAUUUCUGAGCUAAAUUUGCCUAAAAAAAUGGCCAGUAUGUCAGGAACAAUGCUUACACUGUUGUGCUGGUGUCUGUGUGCUAACUGUGAUGAAUGCCUUGGUGUUACAUGGAUUACCUAGAAAGCCUUAACUUUAAAAUAGUGCUGACUGACCAUUUUCACCUUUUCUCUGAGAUUGGUCCUUUUCUUUUUCAGUAAGGACCUUUUAUUAUUUUAUACUUAAUUAGUUAGCAUCAGUGUAUCGAUAUGGGUAUUGCGGGUUGAUAUUUGAUUUAUAUUUCAAAUUUUGACUUAAUAUGUCAGCUGUUGCUCAUUUUAGUGAGAUUCUGAGUACAUAUCUCAUAAAACAUGCUUUGUACUGAGUUUAAAGAAAAUGGAUAUUUAAUAAGUAUUGUGAAUUUUAUGUAAUAUCUCAGUUGUUAGUUUAGUAAGUUUUCGACUUACUUUAUAUAUUUUGACUUAAUUAUAAAUACUGCUUUUUGUAGGUAGAUAUCUCAAAAUAUUUACUUACUGUAGUUUUAUUUUGAGAAAAAGUCAAACUUUCUCCAAAACAAAUUUAUUUUUAGGAUUUUAUAAUGAAUAAUUUUGACAUUGUUUUUUAAAUAAUAGGCAAUUUGGCUGAGUUCUAAUUCUAAGCACAGACUUGAGACUGGAGAGUAAUGGGAAUGAUCCAUGACCUGUUGAUCUUGACUGAUAGGUGAAAUUGUGAGGCAGAUUAUAAUCUCACACAUUUAUAGUGUUAUUGUGCUUUUUCUUGUGGCAAUGACAUGUUUUUGAACGAUUUACCGUGUAAACAUUUCUGAAGUCGUAUACUUUUAUAUGUAGAGCUUCAGCUAAGCGUGUUCACUGUUGAACAGCAGAAAUGAAUUUUAAGUCUAUGUUUAUUAAAGUGAAGUAUUUUAGUUUUUUUUAUAAUUUGCCUUUUCAGGCUGAAAUAGGAUCUGAAGACAAUCAUCUGGAGGAAUCGUAGGGUGUGGUUCUUUAAAAACCAAAACCAAAGAUUGCAGCAGCCAUAGAAUGUGAUGAUAAAUGGAUAUAAAUGAAGAGCUUUAUUACUGGGUGAAAUCAAAGAAUAGUAUGCACUGUGAGGAGUUUAGAAAAAUAAUGACCCAACUUAAAGAAGUACCAGAAUAGAAAGCGUUAUUAUAUUUUUACAUUUUAUUUAUUUAACUUUUUUUUUUUUUUUUUAAGGAUACCGUAUUGAUGAUGCACAAUUAGUGCCUCUUUUAUUUAGCAGAUACAAAUGCUUUAUUGAAAUUUCUGAUUGGAGUGAAACAGGAGGCAUUAUUUUUGUGUUUUCCUGCCUGAAGUUCAGCCAUAAUGGGUCUUAUGCUUACUGCUGAAUGUAUUAUUCCUGAUUUAUUAUUUUUUUGUUUUUUGUUUGUUUUUUUGAACAUCACCUUUUGUCUCUUAUUCGUGCAUGUUUACUCACGUUGUGUGUGUGUCUGUGUGUGUGUGUGUGUGUUUGUGUGUAUGAGAGAGCAUGAGAGAGAGAGAAUUCUGCAGGUUUUAAGAAAUAGUUGUGGUGUUUUUAUUUUUACAUUCAGGUCCUGCACUUUUUGUGUUUUCAGGCCAUUUUUUUAAUUUUGUGUGCAUUUCAUCUUCACUGUGUGUGAAUGAAUGGAUGUUUACUGUAUGUAAGUAGAGAGAAUUCAUUUAUAUGUGAAAUAAAUUUUGUUUUGUUGAAA